ACCUUAUUAUAGCCAAACAAACCGCGGCGCCCCACCGCUGCUAGCCAAUCUUUCGUUGAUUCCCAAAAUUCUCUCUCUCUGUUUUUGUUCUUCUAUGGCUUCUUCUUCUUCUUCUUCUUUUCAAUUUCUUCUUCUUCUUGUUCAAUGUCUUUUCUUCUUCUACAAUGGCACACUUUCCAAUGCCCAGAUCACUCCAAUUCUUCCCAUCACCAAAGACGCUUCGACUCUCCAAUACUUGACAAGCGUUGACCAUGGAAAUUCACUCCUGCCCACCAAGCUCGUACUCGAUCUGGGUGGUCCAUUCCUCUGGAUGGACUGUGGUUCUCGUGAUCUUUUCUCUCCCGGCCGUCUGAUCUCACGUGGGUCGAUUCGUUGCUUGGCCGCCAAGUCAAGUUCCCGUCGGAAUUCAGAUGACAAAAGCGAUGUUUGCGCCAUUUUCUCGGAAAACAGGAUCGGGAAAGUGCGCGGUCGAGGGGAUGUGGCGGAAGAUAUCCUGGCCGUUGAUCUGGUGGACCCGUCAAAGGCGGAAGAAAUCAGAACAGUCGGUAAGUACCUGCACAAUAACUUCCUCUUUGCUUGCGCGGAAAAAUCGCUCUUGAGUGGCUUAGCCAGUGGGGCCAAAGGAAUUUUAGGCCUCGGAAGGGCUAGGAUUUCACUUCCUUCACAGAUUUCUUCCGGUCUUGAUUCCAAAUGGGAAUUCACUCUGUGCUUAUCGUCGUCAAACGGUGUCGUUUUGCAUGAAAAUGGUCGUUACAUGAGUUCUUAUUUUGGCUCCGAAAUUUCUAACUCACUAGUCUACACGCCUCUAAUAUUAUCUGGUGAAGGUGAUUCACAAAACGACUACUUUAUUAACUUGAAGUCAAUCAGCAUUGGAGGUAAAAGAUUGUCGUUUGAUGUGGAAAAGGCUAAGCUAAGCACAAUUGUUCCUUAUACCACUAUGGAGAGUUCAAUCUAUGCCGUUUUUGUUAAAGCUUAUGAAAGAGCUGCUUUGUCUAUGAACAUGACUAGAGUGGAAUCCGUGGCACCUUUUGGGCUGUGUUUUGGGGUUGAAACGGUCCCGAAAACGCGGUUUGGGCCGGAAGUUCCUGAUGUUGAAUUGGGGUUGCAGAGUGAGUUGGUGAAGUGGAGGAUCCAUGGAAGGAACUUGAUGGUGAAAGUGAGUGAUGAAGUGGUAUGUUUGGGGUUCUUAGAUGGGGGCUUGGAGUUGGGGGCUUCUAUUGUUUUGGGGGGAUUUCAGUUGGAAGAUGUGGUUCUUCACUUUGAUGUGGGAUCUUCUAUGAUGGGUUUUAGUCCUCUGCUGAAAUGGAAGAGAAGUUGUUCUGACUUUGGAUUUGGCGCCACACCCCUAGAGUCCUUGUGACAAGAAAAAGUCACAAGUGACUUGUUUGAAUGAGAGUUUUUCUGGUGUGGCGUUCUCUUCUUUUUUUAAAUAUGGAUGUCUUA